CGUAAUUAUAACCUUAUCUCUCUCUCCCCAUCUCCAUCAUUUUUCAGCUAAAUUAUCAGAAAUCUAUUCUUCUUCUACCUCUUACCAAAUUACCACACUACAAAAUUAAAUAAUACAUAACAGUAAGAAUAAAUAAUAAUUAAUAAUCCAGUCCUGUUGAAAAGUUUCAAUAGAGAGAGAAAAUAAAAUACACAACACAGAGAGCAAUAAUUAAGUUUUCCUUUUAAUUUCUUGCCUUUUCUCUGUUUAUCAUUUCAUUUCUUUUGCUUUAUUUGCCAGCUUUUCUUUACCUCGUUUCUUUCUCAUUCAUUCCUCCUCUAUUGUCUCUCCUCUCUUCACACAUAAAAUUAACUCAUCUUCUUCACGUUGACAUAUACUUCACACAAACUUACAGGUUUUCAGCGAGCUCUGUGCUCUGCAGUUUCUAGAUACGGGAGAGGAUAUAGCCGGUGUUUUACACAUUGUCAAAUUUGACUUCUCUGUAAAAGCAGUUAUAACUUAUAAGGAAAAAUUUCAGCAAUGUCUAGCUCUACUAAAGCUUUGGAUCCUGCAUUUCAGGGAGUGGGUCAGAGACUUGGGACUGAAAUUUGGCGAAUUGAGAAUUUUCAGCCAGUGCCCCUGCCAAAAUCUGAUUAUGGAAAAUUUUACAUGGGGGAUUCUUACAUUGUGUUGCAGACAUCCCCUGGCAAAGGAGGGGCUUAUCUGUAUGACAUACAUUUCUGGAUUGGAAAAGACACAAGUCAGGAUGAAGCUGGAACAGCUGCUAUCAAAACUGUUGAACUUGAUGCUGUUCUUGGAGGACGUGCUGUUCAAUACCGAGAACUGCAAGGCCAUGAAUCGGACAAAUUUUUGUCCUACUUCAAACCUUGUAUCAUACCAUUAGAAGGGGGAAUUGCUUCUGGAUUCAAAACACCUGAGGAAGAAGUAUUUGAAACACGGUUGUAUGUGUGUCGAGGAAAACGUGUAGUUAGAAUGAAGCAGGUCACCUUUGCUCGUUCUUCACUGAAUCAUGAUGAUGUAUUUAUCUUGGACACUGAGAACAAGAUCUAUCAGUUCAAUGGUGCAAAUUCCAAUAUCCAGGAACGGGCUAAGGCCUUAGAAGUAAUUCAGUAUUUGAAGGAAAAGUAUCAUGAGGGGACAAGUGAUGUUGCAAUUGUUGAUGAUGGGAAAUUAGACACCGAGUCUGAUUCUGGUGAAUUUUGGGUUCUCUUUGGCGGCUUUGCUCCAAUUGGAAAAAAGGUUAUCAAUGAAGAUGAUGUUGUUGCAGAGGCUACUCCUGCUAAAAUAUAUAGCAUCACAGAUGGUGAUGUGAAGCCUGUAGAAGGUGAAAUUUCCAAAGGCAUGUUAGAAAACAACAGAUGCUAUCUUCUGGAUUGUGGUGCUGAGGUGUUUGUUUGGGUUGGCCGUGUAACUCAAGUGGAAGAGAGAAAAGCUGCCAGCCAGGCUGCUGAGGAUUUUCUUACAAACCAAAAUAGGCCAAAAUCUACUCGAGUUACCCGAGUUAUCCAAGGAUAUGAGACCCGUUCAUUUAAAUCAAACUUUGAUUCCUGGCCAGCUGGUUCAGCAGCUCCUGGUGCAGAAGAGGGAAGAGGAAAAGUUGCAGCUUUGCUGAAGCAACAAGGUGUUGGUGUCAAGGGCAUGUCAAAAAAUGCUCCUGUUACUGAGGAAGUCCACCCAUUGCUUGAAGGAGGUGGAAAGAUGGAGGUAUGGUGCAUUAACGGUAAUGCAAAGACUUCAUUGGCAAAGGAGGACAUCGGUAAAUUUUACUGUGGAGACUGCUAUAUCAUACUUUACACCUAUCACUCUGGUGAUAGGAAGGAAGAUUACCUUCUUUGCUGUUGGUUUGGAAAGGAUAGCAUAGAGGAGGACCAAAAGACUGCUGUUAAGUUGGCCAAUACAAUGUCAAACUCAUUAAAGGGCAGACCUGUUCUGGGUCAUAUUUUUCAAGGUAAGGAGCCACCACAGUUCAUUGCACUUUUCCAACCAAUGGUUGUCCUCAAGGGUGGUGUCAGCUCUGGAUACAAGAAAUUCAUCGAAGAGAAAGGACUAACAGAUGAAACCUAUACAACAGAGUGUGUUGCACUAUUUCGGAUAUCUGGAACUUUAGUUCAUAACAAUAAGGCUGUGCAAGUUGAUCCGGUGGCGACAUCAUUGAAUUCUACAGAAUGUUUUCUUCUGCAAUCUGGUUCUUCAAUAUUCACAUGGCAUGGGAAUCAAAGUACCUUUGAGCAGCAGCAGUUAUCUGCAAAAAUUGCUGAAUUUUUGAAGCCAGGAACUACUUUGAAACAUGCUAAAGAAGGAACUGAAAGCUCAGCCUUCUGGUUUGCACUUGGGGGCAAACAAAGCUACAUCAGCAAAAAAGCUUCUUCAGAAAUUAGCAAAGAUCCUCACUUGUUCAGUUUCUCAUUCAAUAAAGGAAAAUUUCAGGUUGAAGAAAUUUACAAUUUCUCUCAAGAUGACCUAUUGCCUGAGGAUAUUUUGAUACUUGAUACUCAUGCUGAGGUGUUUGUUUGGGUUGGUCAAUGUGUAGAUCCCAAAGAAAAGCAGAGUGCUUUUGACAUUGGCCGGAAAUACAUAGAAAUGGCUGCUUCUUUAGAUGGUUUGUCUCCAAAUGUGCCUCUGUACAAAGUUACUGAGGGAAAUGAACCAUCAUUUUUCACAACAUACUUCUCAUGGGAUCCCACAAAAGCCAUGGUUGCAGGAAAUUCAUUCCAAAAGAAGGCUGCACUACUUUUUGGUGCAGGACAUCAUGCUGUGGAGGAUAAGUCCAACGGAAAUCAAGGAGGACCAACUCAAAGAGCUUCUGCUCUAGCUGCCUUAAACAAUGCAUUUAACCCAUCUUCUGGGAGGACAGGCUCAGGUCAAGAUAGGUCCAAUGGUUCGAAUCAGGGAGGGCCAACACAAAGAGCUUCAGCUUUAGCUGCUUUGAAUUCUGCCUUUACUCCACCCUCUGGACCCAAAUCAACUACCUCAAGGUCAUCUGCUGCAGGUCAGGGAUCACAAAGAGCUGCAGCUGUAGCUGCUCUUUCACAAGUUCUUACAGCUGAAAAGAAAACACCUGGAAGCUCUCCCUCGCGCAGUCCUCCACCAGAAACUACUUUAUCUGCUGAAACUAAGAGUGAAAUUUCAGAACUAGAAAGUUCUGAAGAAGUUAAGGAAACGGAGGAAGCUGAAUCUGUUUCUGAAAGUGUUGGGGAGGAUUCAGAGCCUAAAGAAGAUGCCGAGCAGGAUGAGGCUGUUACUCAGAGCACUGAAAAUAAAUUCAGCUAUGAUCAGCUGAAGGCUCAUUCUGAGAAUCCUGUAACCGGAAUUGAUUUCAAACGGAGAGAGGCCUAUCUGUCGGAGGAGGAUUUCCAGAGUAUAUUUGGGACGGCAAAAGAAGCUUUCUACAAAUUGCCAAAGUGGAAGCAGGACAUGCAGAAGAGGAAAGUUGAUUUAUUUUAGAUAUCACACAAUCGAAAAGGAAUGAUAUCUCUGCUUUCGAAUGCCUCCAACUUCUGCACAGCCUCAUUCAUUAUGAUCUUCUUCGCUGCUCUAUCGAAAAAGUUGUGAUUUCUUUUUUGGCUUGUUUUGUGUAGCAUUUUUAGUAUUUGCCCCUUUGAUGAGUCUAGCUGUGAUUAGUAUUGCAUAUCCAUAGUUGUUGUGAUUAUGCUUGAAGAGUGAUGUUUUUUUGCCCUUUUCAUUUUCUUUUUGCUUCUAAAUCCGCUGCUGCCUCUCUGUAAUGAUACCACAUUGUAGUUUUACAGGCAGUUUGGCAGGUCAUUCUUUCAUUUGGUCAGUAUUGCAUCUCAUAUGGGAUUUUAUUUAGACCCUUUUAAUUUUCUUAUUUUCCUACUUAAUUAUUUGGUAAGUGGAAAAGAGGGUAUAUGUAUUUGCAUUUGGUAUGUACUUAACAAUAUUCAUGAAUGAAAAUUGGUUGUUUGAAAUAA